AUGGCGCCACAAAGCAGCAACGAUUCAUUACUUGGGUGUCACUGCAGAGCCCUGAUUCCUACGCCUUUAAAAAAGAAGUUAUUCGAUGAAAAUUCCAAAGUUUGCAAAUCUGUAGCUUCUCCAAUCCUGAAGUCUGGAGAUCAUAAUCAUGUGUAGCAUCUCGCUUUGCUCACGGAAGGAGCAAGCGUCUCAACACUCAGCUAUAUAAAGGCUCGAUCUGCCUGCUAAUGGCGUAAGCUCCCUAUUCGAGGCCAAGGUAGAUACAGAAAGAGAGAUAAUCAUGGCGCAGCAAAGCGGCAACGAUCUGAAGGCCGUAAUGGAGAAGCUGCUCCAGGCGUUCGAGGACGAAGUGGACAGUGAGCUGCCCCACAGGGAGGUGCUGGACCACAUCUUCCGCAUCCUCAAGGCCAACAAGGAGAAGAUCAUCUCGGAGCCACCGGAGGUGGGGAAGAGGGAGAAGCUGCCCGAGCUGCUGCGCAGUAUCGGCGAUGCCCUGCAGCAAUGCAAGGCACGGUCCAAGCAGCAGCAGUCUGAGUCUGACAAGGCCAAGAGCAAGAAGAUGACAAUGCCGUCGGUGAGCGACUGCAACCCUUUCAAGUCUCGACCCUCGCAGCUGUCCGUCGACCCCUUGCUGGAGCAGACCAUCGCCAUUCUCGGCGAUGUUCCUCCUCCUUCUCCUUCCCCUGAUCAGGAUGCAGGAGAGGAGACCGUGACGGAGUACUACGAGUGGACAACGAGCUACGUGGAUGAGAGCCGGAUAUACGGCUGGGACAAGGAAGCCAACGAGGUGGUGGACGCCCUCGUGGGCAAGGAGGGCGAAGACGAGGAUCAGGUGCUGUUCAGGACGGCGGGCAUCGCGGGGAUCCACGGCAGCGGCAAGACGGCGCUGGCGCAGAAGGUGUUCGUCCACGACAGGAUCAAGGACGCCUUCCCUCUCCGGCUCUGGGUCUGCGUGGGCCCGCCGGACCACGAGGACAGGUUCAACCUCCUCUACCGGAUGCUCGACAACCUCGGCCUCGACACCGCCAAGGUCGAGGACAUCGUCGACAAGGCCGACGUCGUCGUCAAGGCAGCCACCGACGAGGACAAGGACAAGUCCAGGAUCGGCGUGCUGCUCUUCAUCCUCUACGUGACGCUGUACAAGACGGGGUACCUUAUCGUGUUCGACGACAUCAGGGCGUACAGCGACUGGUACAGCAACCUGACGCUGCAGCCACCCAAGGACGGCGAGUGGUACGAGCGGCUCGCCUACGGCCUGCCCAAGGCCAGGAAGAGCGCGGUGCUCGUCACCUGCCGCAGCGAGGACGGCGCCGGGGUGAUGGUGCGCACCGGCGGCGUGUUUCACCCUCCCAAGCUCGAGGGCGAAGAAGGGUGGAAGCUCUUCCACAGGGAGUACAAGGAGGCCAAAGACAAGGACAAGGGCGAGGAGGAGGAGGAAGACAAGCUUUACAAGGAACUCCAAGAGAUGAAGGAGGAGAUCAUCGGAAAGUGCCUCGGCCUUCCGGUGGGCAUCGUCCAGGCGGCCAAGGGCUUCGCCGCGCUCGAGCACGAGCCGGAAGCUGACGCCAAGGAUAACGCUGCCGCGGAUCAGGCUGCGACGAGCAAAGACCGAACCUGGACCUGCAACUGAGGCGACGGAGGCCAAUCAGUCUGCUAAUUGAGUCGCUGACUCACUGUGCGUGCUUAAGUGCUCUGCUAAAUGUUUGUUUCGUACUCUCGAUUGUGCCUUUUGUUUUUCUUGUGUCCUUGAUUUACCUUUUGUUUUCGAGAAUCAAUUGGAUCAUGGAGUUUUGGUGUGUAUAUGUAAUGUUUGUUCGACCGA